AGUGUCACAACUGUGUAGGUUUUGGACUCGAGUUGAAUUUUUACAAGCGGAAUUAAAAUUCCUGAGGGGGUUGCUCGAUAACUGUGCGGCUAAAAAAUCCCCAGAUUUUUUUUAGCGGAAGAGGACGCAACACGCAAACGUCAAGCAAAAAUUGACAAAUGGUGACAGUGACAGUAGUUAAAAAUGGCUAGUGUCGGAUUUAGGUGGUUAGAUAUCUUAGAAAAAGAAUUCGACAAGGCUUUUGUAGAUUUAGAUUUAGCAAUAGGAGAACUCGACUCUGAAGAACCAGAUGUGGUGUUCAACGUUCGCCAGAAACUAUGCAGCCUUAGCUCAUGCUUCGCACAACUCACACACAAGGCACAAACGAUUUUCCAAAACAGCGCCAAGAUCGAGGCGGAGCUCAUCCACAUGAGGGCCGAACUAGUGGAAUCCAAAGCAAAACGAGAACUCCUCGAGCAGGAACUGCACAAUUUACUCCUGCAGUUGCAUUCGUCGCAGCUCUCUCAACUGCCCGACAGUUUGGGUAAUCGAAAACAAGACCCGAACUUUAAACCCGACGUAAAUAACAUCAAGAAAAAGCUCGAAGCGGAACUCCGGCAAAGUCCCAUACGUAAUAUUAGGAUAAAUAAAGAGUCCGACGAGCUGAAAUUCAGCCCGACCCUGAUGGAAACGGCGCAGUGCCGAGCCGAAAACGAGCAGUUACAACUCGAGAAUGCAGCUUUGAGGAAAUCCAUCUUAUCGUUGAACAGCGAGGUGUACGGGGCGAAGUUGGCGGCGAAGUACCUUGACAAAGAAUUAGCGGGGAGAAUACAGCAGUUACAGCUUCUAGGGCGAGAAAUGAGGGGCGACGUUCGGGAUAAGUUGUGGAGGCAACUGGAGUCGGAGAUUUUGCUGCAGAGGCACAAGACGGUGGUGAGGGCGUGUAGAAGAAAUAGUAUUUUGAAUAAUUCGGAGAAGAGUUGUCCCAAGCCCGAAAUCGAUCCGAUUAACGAGCGAACCGAGCAUUUUGGGGACAUCAGGACGGUGGUGGUGAAGAGAAGCCCGAGCCAGGGGCUGGGGAUCAGCAUAACGGGUGGCCGAGAGCACGGCGUCCCCAUCCUGAUCUCCGAGCUGGAGCCCAACGGUCCGGCGGCCUUGUCCGAGCAGCUGUACAUCGGGGACGCCAUCUUGUCGGUGAACGACAGGGACCUUCGGCAAGCCUGUCACCGGGAGGCCGUGGACAUCCUCCAGCAGCAAACCGGCGACUGCACCUUACAAGUACAAUACAUCGCUGCAGACGACAGCGACACCUCCCUCGAGGAGGACGGCUACAACUUCAGGUUUUUUGACGAGGAAGCCUGCGACCCUAACAACCACUCUAGUUUAAACCCCUCGAACUCUCUAGACAUGUUAAACACGCCCACAGCACCUAGAACUCCCGAAUCUAGUUCCGCUGCAAGCCGGAUAGUCUCAAGAAAUAGCGCUCCCAACAGCCCCGAAAUCCCCAAAGUCCAAAAACUGAUCGUCUUGGAAGAAACCGAAGACUUCGACACCGACAUCUUCAACUACAACCUCAACACCAACGGCAACGUGGAAGUGUACAAGGCCACGCCAGCCAAAGACAUCCAAAUCGCCGACGACUUGAACUGCAACACCAAUGAAACCGAAACCGAAAUCAACAGGAACCAGAUCGAAACCACGGACUUGGUGCUGUUCGACAACGCGACCAACAACGUCAUCAAGCUGGAGGACUUCAAGAAGGUGGAUAUCAUAGACGACGAGAACUUCAACUGCUCCACCAAUUCGCUCAACUCGGAGAAUUUCUCGUCCCCGAUGCAGACGAGUGCGGACGUGUUUCUGGACUCGGAGUUGCUGUCCACGGACGUGGCUUCCAACGACUCGCAGUCGCCGAAGAACGUGCAGGUGGAGAGCGCCACCAAGAGCGGGUUCGGGUACCAGGAACCGAAUACUUUUGGUUUGAAGCCCCAGGUUUAUACCUCGAACGAGUCGCUGUCGAACCCGAAGAGUGACCAGAGUCUGUUGAAUUCGGGCGAGAGCUGCGGGAGCUCGCCGGUGCACAAGAACAGCAACCGGGACUACAAGAAGGUGCAGAGGAAGCACAAGAAGAAGUACUUCGGGGUGAAGACGCUUCAGAGUAUUUUCAACAAGCACGAUGGGUACUCUGACAUUUCGAGCACUGCGUCGGAGUUCGGGGACGAGUUUCUAGAAAACAAAAGUAAUAAAACUGACAAUAAAGGUGAAGCGAAAGAGAAAGAGGCGACUUUUAAGAAUAGCGCUGUUUACUCGGACACGAGUCCCCAGUUUGAGGAGAACAUCCACAACAUCCUUUCGGAUAUCUUCGUCAAGAGCUUCGUGUCUGAAGGGAACGUUUCGAGUAUUUCUCUGAGUAAACCUAUUGGUACGAAGAAGUAUUUUAGUUUGCACGGACAGAAUUUGCGAGUUGGUAAAGCGUUGAGGCUUUGCCCGAACGAAGACUAUACCGAGCAAGUAGAGAACGAACAAAGAAAAGAAAAACUUUUAGCGAGGUAUGUGUAUAACGCGAAUUCGAUAAAUGCGGAUGGUGUAGGGGACCCAGAUUUUGGAACGCCUGUUUAGAUGGUAGUUAGAGUAAAAUUAGGAGAGUAGAUGGAGUCAUAAAGGUUGUAGAUGGUGGUAAGAUUUCUAAAUAUUCAUAUUCUAACACGAGACUUCUUCGCUAGUUCUAGUGGGUCUAGUGAUGAUCUAAACACAAGUUUUCAUUGGGUUUUCGUUACCUUUCCAAAUCAAGUACAAACUAGUCCGAGGUCAUCCCUGGACUUUAACCUCACCGUGUCAGACUUUUUCAUUCCAGUAAUUGAAACUUAGAUCAGCGGGCACAUUUGAAACGCUAUAGUGCAUCACGCCGACUUCAGUACCGAUUUCUUUGAAAACUUGUUCCUAGUAACGAACCGACGUUUUCUGUGCAGGUUAUUUUCAUUUUAGAUUUUUGAUACAGGAUUAUCAAACAGAAAUGCCUUCAGUGUAAUAAGGGAAGAGUCUGCUUUAGUGUAUGCUUAAUUUGAUAGCCGAUAGCGAUACUAAUAACAAGUUUCUAAGCUGAAGCACUCUCACAAAUGCAGUUGACGAUCUAAGAGAAUUGCUUUUGUUAGUACGUGUAUGUAAUACAUUGCUCAAAGAGUAUUAUGAAAUGACCCCCGUGAAGUUUAUUUAUGCCUUUUGUAGGUCGCGAUAUUUUAUUGAUAUUGUGCUUUUGUUAUGACAAUUUGUAUUAUUGAUCGGCUUUUAGUUGUGACGAAAGCGUGAAAAAAUUUCUAUCGAGUUGCUUGUUACUCAAGGAUUAUUUCGAGGAAUAUUACUUUCUACAUAAGUAAGUCGUGUCAGAAUUAAUUAUGUAGGUAGUAUACAUUUAUAUUGUAAUUUAGCAGAUGUAUAACGUUUUA